AUGGAUCUAGCAGCAAACGCCAAAGCAAAACUAUCGAACAUGCUGUCAGAAGAUACAAAGGAGAUGUCCAGUCUUGAACAAGUGAAGACGAGGGCAACAGCGUCGCACGUCGGCGAGGUCCAUGACCUGAAGAAGAACUUUUCGCUCUUUGCUCUCUUGGGUAUCAGCUUCUCGCUCGCAAACUCCUGGUUCGGCAUAUCCACCUCGCUCAUUACGGGGAUCAACUCUGGUGGGCCGGUUCUUUUGAUCUACGGGACGAUAAUCGUGACAAUUGUCUGCACUGCGAUUGCCGUAUCUCUGUCUGAGCUCGCAUCAGCAAUGCCUCAUGCUGGUGGUCAAUAUCACUGGGCGGCCCAGUUGGCACCUGCCAAGUACGCUCGCUUUGCCGCGUACACGACUGGGUUCAUCUCGUGGCUCGGGUCUCUUUUCACGUGUGCGAGUAUUGCUCUUGGAGUAGGGACCUUGUGCGUUGGAUGUAUUCAAUUGAGCCAUCCUGACCUUGACAUCAAACCAUGGAUGGUCUUUGUCGCCUAUCAAGUCAUCAAGAUUGCUAGUUCACUCGCAAACUGCUGGGGAAGAGCGCUUCCACUGUUGACGUUCUCGACACUUUGGAUCUCCAUCAUAUCGUUCAUGGUCAUCAUCAUUACGGUUCCAGCCAAAGCCUCCUCGCACCAGAGUGCAUCGUUCGUGUUCACCGAGUUCAUCAACAAUACAGGAUGGAAGAGUGACGGGAUAGCUUUCAUUGUGGGCUUGAUCAACCCCAAUUGGGCCUUUAACGGUCUUGACUGUGCCAAUCACAUGGCAGAAGAAACUCUGAAUCCGGAGCGUGAUAUUCCCAUUGCCAUAAUGGGCACCGUCGCGAUUGGCUUCACGACUUCCUGGCUGUUCGCCAUCGCCAUGAUGUUUGCAUUAGGGGACUUUGACAACGUCGCCGGUACAUCAACAGGCGUCCCGAUUCUAGAGCUGUUCAACGAGGCACUAUCCUCCACAGUUGGGUCCAUCGUACUUUGCUCCAUGAUCAUCUUCACAGGAUGCGGAUGUCUAAUCGCCUCGCAUACCUGGCAGGCACGUCUAUGCUGGUCGUUCUCACGGGAUUCUGGUCUACCAUUCUCAAAACAGCUUGCCAAAGUCCAUCCACGGCUCCGAGUACCCAUCAAUGCUCACUUUUUCAGCACCGCCAUCGUAUCUGUACUCGGCUGCCUGUACCUCGGCUCAUACACAGCAUUCAACAGCAUGGUCACGGCAUGCGUUGUGCUCCUCUAUGCCUCAUACGCUAUCCCAGUUGGCUGUCUUCUUCUGCGGGGACGGUCAAAUAUCCGCCACGGUCCAUUCUGGCUCGGAGGCAUCGGCCACAUGUGCAACUAUAUCCUAUUGGCGUGGCUUGUCUUUGCAUUCGUUAUGUACUCAUUCCCACCGAUCUACCCCGUAACGGCAGGAAACAUGAAUUAUGUGUCAGCUGUCUACUUUGUGAGCUUGUCGAUCGUCAUCGUGUGGUGGCAUGUUGAUGCGAGAAAGACGUUUCGUGGAUAG